AUGUCGAUGCAGCAGGAAAAGCAGCAGAACUUUCUCUUCAUGACCCCGGGGGCCAUAUCUCUGGGAGGGAGGAAUGUUUCAUUCACGUCUACCCAGGUCUUUGGCACUAAUAUCUAUACCAACAGCUUCCCUGCACUGGUUUCAACAUUCUAUAACUACGUGAUGUGGCCAUUCAUUUGGCCAUUUUCCGUGAAUCUCAGCGAGAGUGGUGAGCGCCAUCUAUUACAUCUGAGCUCUGCACGCUACCCGGCUAAGCAGGGCAUCCCCCAAGGAGUCCCGGUUGAAACUGGGGACGUGGCUAUAGGCACUAAUGGAGAAAUUGGGAGUGGUGCCUAUCUGCUCAACUGGAAGGGAGAGGUUAGGCCAAGUACCAAGGCUCUGGCGCAGUAUCGGGAGCAGGGGAUACCAGAACGGGUUUGGGGACACACAGAGACUCUUUUGCAUGAGGCAGUGCGUCAAUAA